AUGGGGCUGGAAUCCAAUGGAGGAGAUAUCAUGGGUAGAGGAUUUGGAGAAGUGGCACAUUGUGUGAAAUUGCUUUCUUUUUCAGCAGACGCGGGCGGCGGCGGCGGCGGCGGCGACGGCGACGACGACGACAACGACCCCGCGGCGGGGGAAGUAAUUCAGAACCCCAAGGUUUUGAAGAAUGCAAUUGGAUUGCUUCUCGGCCUUUCGACUAAGAUCAAUAAAAAGAAACUAUUUUAUUUUUCUUUUCCAGGUUCAGCUCAGCUAAUUUUAAAUAAAACCAAACCUGUAGAAUACACCAUUUGCAAUAAAACUGUUGUCAUCCCAUGCUUUGUUUCUAAUGUGGAGGCGACUGUCCUUGACGACUUUUAUUUAAAGUGGAAAUUUGGAAAUGAAAACGUUUUUACCUUUGAUGGAGAGCAACGUAGUUCCACCCCUGGCAAAAACUUUUCGAGUGCAACAAUCGUACCAGAAGCAUUACUAAACGGCACUGCAUCUUUGAAGAUGGAUAGGAGUGAUGCUGUCCCAGGAAACUACAGUUGUGAAGUAACAGAAUUAAGCAGGGAAGGCGAAAUCAUCGUAGAACUAAAACAUCGUGUUGUCUUAUGGUUUUCUCCAAAUGAAAAUAUCCUCAUUAUUAUUUUCCCAAUGUUGGCUAUACUUCUGUUCUGGGGACAGUUUGGUGUUGUGACACUUAAAUAUUCCACUGUUACGAAGGAGAAGACCAUUCUUUUAUUUGUUGCUGGACUAGUGCUGACUAUAGUUAUGAUUGUUGGAGCCAUUCUUUUCAUCCCAGGUGAAUACUCAACAAAGAAGGCUAGUGGACUUGGUUUAAUUGUAGUUCCUACCGUGAUACUAAUAUUACUUCAGUACUCUGUGUUUAUGAUAGCUCCAGCUAUUGGGAUGUCCUCCUUCAGCAUUGCCAUAUUGAUCCUUCAGGUGCUGGGCUUUGUGCUCGCUGUGGUUGGACUAAGACUCUGUAUUUCAGAGUGUAUUGCAUUGCACAGCCCUCUCCUGAUUUCAGGUUUGGGUAUUAUAGCUCUAGCAGAAUUACUUGGAUUAGUUUAUAUGAAAUUUAUUGCUUCCAAUCAGAGGACUAUACAACCUCCUAGGAAAGCUGUAGAGGAACCCCUUAAUGAAUUUAAAGAAUCAAAAGGAAUGAUGAAUGAUGAGUAAGUGAAUUGAAGUGAUGGACUCUGAUUUGGAGAAUAGUAAGAUGUGAAAGGAAUACACCUGUAUGUAAGCACCAUGGCCUUGACUCACUGUUCAAGAGAAGAAAACAAGAAAAGUAACUGGUUUUCAUCUAUAAGAGAAAGUAAAUUAUUGGUUUUUAAGUGGUUGUUACACUUAAGUUUUUAUUCAAAGCAUUUGUAAUUUAGUUAAUAAAAGAAUGAUUUGUAUUGUGUGCCCAAUUGAAA